AACUCCAGCCUUCUCCAACAAGAUUUAAUUCCCAUUAGAUCCAGCAACGCAUUGAAAAUUUUCUUCGAUUUCAACCCCUAGCUUUUUCACACAGUCCCCGAUCUUGCCCUAAACGGCACCGUUUUGGCUCUCUCGCAAGCUCCGCUCAAUUUUCGCCGGGAAAAAGCUCAAUCGGUGCGGGUCUAGGGUUUCAGAUCUCGCACUCUCCCAGGUGGUUAUGUUAUUGUGGAGUUUCAAUUUGAGAAGCUAGGAUUGGGAACAAUGCACUCCAAGGGGACACAAUCGUCUAUUCGCGAUCGGACGCAUGAGUUUCAGAGUGUGGCAGAGAGGCUAAAGAAGUCAUUCUCGUCGGCGGCGGCGCCAGGGCCGUCGCAGAAUGGGCCGAGUAGAGGAUCGAAAUGGCAGGAAAAUCAAGCGGCGGUGUCGAUGCGCUCCGAGUUUAAUCAGAGAGCCGCCAGAAUUGGGAAAGGGAUACACUCGACGUCGCAGAAGCUCGAAAAGCUGACAAAAUUGGCGAAGAGGACAUCUGUUUUUGAUGAUCCUACAAGGGAAAUUCAGGAGCUGACAGCAGUUAUCAAGCAGGAUAUUACUUCACUCAACUCUGCAGUGGUAGACCUUCAGCUCCUAUCUCACUCCAGAAAUGAAAGUGGGAAUAUUUCUAGUGACACGACUAGUCAUUCUACCACAGUUGUCGAUGACCUGAAAAAUCGGCUUAUGAGCACUACAAAAGAUUUCAAAGAAGUCCUCACCAUGCGAACCGAGAAUUUGAAGGUGCAUGAGAAUAGAAGACAAUUGUUUUCGUCUAGCGCCACCAAGGAAUCCACAAAUCCUUUUGUUCGGCAGCGGCCACUGGCUGCCAGGUCAGCUGCUAGUUCUUCAAGUGCCUCUCCUCCUCCAUGGGUUAAUGGAUCAGAUAUAGAUGGAGAUAGUCAACCAUUGCUCCAGCAACAGCAACAGCAUCAACAGCAACAGCAACAACAGGAGAUGGUUCCGUAUCAAGACAGUUUCAUGCAGAGUAGAGCUGAAGCUUUGCAAAAUGUUGAGUCCACCAUUCAUGAGCUGAGUAAUAUUUUCAACCAGCUGGCGACAUUGGUUUCUGAGCAAGGGGAAGUUGCCAUAAGGAUUGAUGAGAACAUGGAAGACACAUUGGCGAAUGUAGAGGGUGCACAAGGCCAACUGCUCAAGUAUCUGAGCAGCAUAUCAUCAAAUAGGUGGCUGAUGAUCAAGAUAUUCUUUAUACUAAUUUUUUUCCUCAUGGUUUUCCUAUUUUUUGUGGCGUAAUAGUCAUUGUGAUAACAAUUGAAAAGGAUGAAAAUGACAGUGUCUUUUUGAGUAUUUUUACUGUUGAUAAGCCCCUUCUGUUUGUUGCACGAGCAAGAUGAUUACCUAGUAAUGUAAUAUAUGUAUACUGAUACACAAAACGGUAAAAUUUGUUGCGAGUUAUGACUGGCAAAAUUUAUCUGCUUCCGUGUU